GUGAAUCCUUUUCCUCAACAAGAUGAAAAUGUUAGGUAUCAUGCAUACUAUAAUAUUUUCGACUUUCUGCAUAAUUACCUAAUUAAAUGUUGAAUAAUCCGGCAGUUGAAGUACCAAUGGCGCCUUUCCCUUACGGGAUUAGCGCCGGGCGGAUACCUACCAGCACAUUGGAAACAUAUGAUCGUUGGCGCUUGAGCCACAAGCCGCUUCAUUGGUCAACUCAAUCUGGAACAUCACCUCAGCAUUCCUUAUCGGCUCGAGUCUACAGAUGUACAUCCGUCCCCAUCUACCCCAAAUCCGCAAUAGCCUCCCGAGACCUCGAUACCCCUUAGAAGAACAAUGUACCACCUAGCCAAAUCGCUCUACCUCCUGGCGCGACGGAAAGAGGAAUACUCGGUCAUCCUCCUCGGGCUCGACAAUGCCGGCAAGACGACGUUCCACGAGCAGGCGAAGGCGCUCUUCCUCCCCGAGCACCCGGACCCGAAGCUAAAGACGGUGCCGACGGUGGGCCAGAAUGUGUCGACGCUGACGCUGCCGGACAUGUACGUCAAGAUCUGGGACGUCGGGGGCCAGUUGAGCCUGCGCAAGCUGUGGCAGAGCUACUACGCUAGCUGCCACGCCAUCGUCUUCAUCAUCGACAGCACCGACAUCGGCGACGGUAACCUCGAACACGAUAGCUCCGGCCGUCUUGAGGAGUGCCGCUUAGUUUUGGAAGAUGUGUUGCAGAAUUCUGAGACUGAGGGCGUGCCGUUGUUGAUAUUGGCGAAUAAACAAGAUAGGGAGGAUUGUGUUGAGGUCGUGCGCAUAAAGGAGGGUUUGGUGAAAAAGGUGUUUGAGGGCGAGAAGGCGUCGAGUAUUCGUGACUCGAGGGUCUUGCCUGUGAGCGCUUUGACGGGGACGGGUGUGAGGGAAGCGGUCGAAUGGGUGAGGUCGAGGGUUAAAUGGAAUAAGGAAUCAAGACCGCCAGUGAUGCGGUAAGAAGUCAGUAAGGUUGACGUUGCGACGUUAUGCCGUGUUGCUUGGUUUAAAGAAGGCCUGGUGGCCUGGUUUUUGCAUUCAGCGUCAUGGACAAGGCGUUCAAGGAUU